AUGGCAAAAUCAUAUUCAAAGACUGAAUUUCACGGUUUAAUGGAGAAGGUGGAGACAGUUGAUAUUAGAGUGAAGAAUUACUUGAAUUUGACGGGAUACGAUAAGUGGGCUAGAUCAUAUGCAUCAGUUCAUAGGGGAUGGACUUUGACAUCUAACAUUGCCGAAUCAAUUAAUGCUGCACUAGUAUCGGCUAGAGAACUACCAAUAUAUGAUUUUCUAGAGGAAGUUAUAUCUGCAUCAGAAUAUAUCUAUACAGUCCACGACAAGGAGAAACACUUUAUUGUUUGUCUUAAUGAAAAGAAAUGUUCUUGCAAUGCAUUUCAGUUGGAUGAGAUACCCUGUGUUCAUGCUUGUGCAGUUCUUGAUAGCAAGAAUUUUAAGAAGGGACCAUAUUGCUCUGAUCUGUACAAGCCAAAAACAGUCUUGAGAACAUAUGAUGUUCCAGUUUAUCCUCUACCACACAAAGACGACUGGAUAAUUCCAAAUGAAAUUUUGGUUGAGGUAGUUCUGCCCUCAAAAUACAAGCGACCCCCUAGAAGGCCUGGAAAAAAGGAUCGUGAAAAGUCCGGACGAGAUAUGUUUGGAAACAAAAGUAAAAAUUAUUAUAGUUCAUGCGGAUAUAAAGGGCACAAUAGGCGUUCAUGUAAGAAAUACAACAAAUGA